AGCUUAAGAUCUGGAACGGCGCUGGAAACGCCUGGUUAUCCAUCUCUCUUGCCCAUCAAGAGAUCCCUACGGUAUUGACUGACUGGUCCAUGCAAGUGGCCGUGUGAAUCUGUUACCAAUGAAGUCGAGGAACUUAUUUAGGAAGGUCCAGGAGGAUGAGGUGCCUCCAAAGCCCACCAGCACCGAGAUGCCUGUGACGAGCAUGGACAAUGUGACUCAUGCCACGAGCCAGGGGAAGAACGAGGACUUGUUCACCAAGCUUAGCGACUAUGCCAAGGAAAGAUUUAAGGAAGGGCUACAGAAAAUUCCCUUGCCUCCCUGGGCCCUGAUAGCCAUUGCUGUGGUAGUUGGCCUGCUCUUCCUCACCUGCUGCUUCUGCAUCUGCAAAAAAUGCUGCUGCAAGAAGAAGAAGAACAAGAAGGAGAAGGGCAAAGGCAUGAAGAAUGCUAUGAACAUGAAAGACAUGAAAUCAGGGAACCAGAACAAACAGGACGAUGAAGAAGAGACAGGCCUAACAGAGGGAGAAGGCGAGGAGGAGGAAAAAGAGCCAGAGAACCUGGGCAAGCUGCAGUUCUCACUGGAUUAUGAUUUCCAGGCUAACCAGCUGACAGUGGGGAUCCUCCAAGCAGCUGAGCUUCCAGCAUUGGACAUGGGUGGCACCUCAGAUCCAUAUGUAAAGGUCUUCCUGCUGCCUGACAAGAAGAAGAAGUAUGAGACCAAAGUGCAGAAGAAGACUCUCAACCCUGCCUUCAAUGAAACCUUUACCUUCAAGGUUCCCUAUCAGGAGCUGGGUGGGAAAACUCUGGUGAUGUCUAUCUACGACUUUGACCGCUUCUCCAAGCAUGAUAUCAUUGGGGAGGUCAAGGUGCCCAUGAACACGGUGGACCUGGGCCAGCCCAUUGAGGAGUGGAGAGACUUGCAGAGCGGCGAGAAGGAGGAGCCAGAGAAGCUGGGAGAUAUCUGCAUCUCGCUGCGGUAUGUACCCACUGCGGGGAAGCUCACCGUUUGCAUCCUGGAAGCAAAGAACCUGAAAAAGAUGGAUGUCGGGGGUCUGUCUGAUCCAUACGUGAAGAUCCACCUGCUGCAGAACGGCAAGAGGCUGAAGAAGAAGAAGACCACCGUCAAGAAGAAGACACUAAACCCUUACUUCAAUGAAUCCUUCAGCUUCGAGAUCCCCUUCGAACAGAUACAGAAAGUGACAGUGGUGAUCACCGUCCUGGAUUAUGACAAGCUGGGGAAGAAUGAAGCUAUUGGCAAGAUAUUUGUUGGCAACAACUCCACUGGCACAGAGCUGCGGCACUGGUCUGACAUGCUGGCUAACCCCAGGCGGCCCAUUGCCCAGUGGCACUCCCUGAAGCCUGAAGAGGAGGUGGAUGCAGCUCUUGGGAAGAACAAAUAGGAAUCCCCAUAGCCCAGCCUGCGAACGUUCUCAGCAACCCAGAGCUAUUGAUACCUCAGUUAUGCAACCUUAGGUUUUGGUUUUGUUUUGGUUUUAAGCUGAAAUACCCUUUGAUGGCUGUGGAAGGGUUCCCAGAGAGUCCCAAGAGCUUUCAGAGGAAGAAGUUAAAGACACAGAUGGUUUUUUCCAUUCUUUAAAGAAGCUUAACUGUGCUGCAUGUCCACCAUUUCUCCAUGCUAUUCCUUUAGGGUGUGAAGUAAGUUUCUGUCCUGGGGUCUCCCUAGGCUGUGGCAUCACCAGUCCACAGCAACACUUCUUCUUACUUUCUUUUUGGUUACACACUUGGACCUUUGAACUUUGUGCUAAGAUGAUACCAGAACCUGACAAGGUGAGAUGACCAGAUACACUGUGCUUGCUUUGGGGAUGAACACAAGCGGACUAUGAGAGUCCAUGGAGAAGACCUCUAAUGAACAUCUGGACACCUUUCUGCUUCGCCUCUUGAUCCCUUCUCAUCCCUGCUAGCCGUCCAGCAAAGAGUGAGAAGCAGCAUGGAGAUGGGAGUGCCUGGAAUCUGUCAAACAUCAGCAGGUUUAGCUCCUUCUGGUGAGAGAGCUGCAUUGCUUGGCAUUCACCUGUGGGACAUCACUGCCCAGUGGUACCUAGGCUGGGUAUUGAGCCUUCCAGCCCCAGCAACUGGAGGCAUAUGGGAGGAGCCACAAGAGACCGCAUGCUUUUGGUAACAGGACACGAACGAUUCCAGUUUCAGUGUAGGAAGGGGAAAGGAAUUGUAGUUUUUGAAGAACAGUGGCCGCGUCUACACAAGAUGCUACUGUGCAGUGGUUACUGUAUAAACAAGUACUAAAUAAA